UGGUAAAAGCAAAGUGCUUUGUUUGGUUUCUGUGUCAGACAGCGGACAGAAUGUUAAAGCCUUGAUGUUCCUCAAACGAAGCACGAUCCAGCAAUUGAAGAUGCUGCAGGGUGGAGAGCUGGGAAUCCUGGACUGUUCUUGGCUCUGCCAUUCAGGCAAUCCUGGACUGUUCUUGGCUCUGCCAUUCAGGCACUGCAUGACCUGGAGGGAGGCUUCCCGUGCUUGCAAGUAGCCUCAGCCGUGGAGAUAGGAACCUCACCCAGCAUCCCAGCUCCCUCUGACUUCUUGGGGUUGCAGCUGCUCUGUGGCACAGGUAACAGCCUGGCGGCUCAUCUGCAAGCACUGGCAGCUCUGAUCCCACGCUGGGAGGACACGCGUGGGUGCUGGGCAUAGAGCUGCUUUUUGCAAGUAUCUGAAUACUCGCCCAUGCUUGCUUUCUGUGGCACUUAAGGCCUACAAAACCUGGCUUUGCUGCUUUUCUUUCUGUAUUAGAGUUGAGCAUUAAUUAAAUUGCUAUUAAAUGCCCUGAGGAUGUAAGCUAGAGACUUUCAUUUUAAAUGCAAAGCAUCUCACAGCUGGAGGAUUUUGUUUUCUCUAUAUGGCUGUGAGCAUAUUUCUUGCCCAGGAAUUCACCUGACUCUCUUGGUCAUGCUUUAGCUUCGAUCAUGCACCCUGCUUAGUACCUUCUGGUGUAUCUUUGAGGUCUGAGGAGCAGCGGAAGAGGAGGUAAUGGAGGAAGUUGCACAUCUCUGAAGCUUCCUUAAGAGAAGGGUAUGCUUUUGCUCACAGAGAGAAGAGUCACUCCCUUCACAGCUGGGUGGGUGCUGGAGGCUGAGGUCAUCCGCAGGGAGGUCUGGGAGAAGAACCUACGGCGCAUAGAGCAGCACAACUGGGAAGAGUCACAGGGGCAGCAUACGUUCCGCCUGGGCAUGAACCAUUACGGGGACCUGAUGGAUGAGGAGUUCAACCAACUCCUGAAUGGCUUCACCCCAGUGCAGCAUGAGGAGCCAGCACUGACCUUCCAGGCAUCGGCAGCUCAGAAGACCCCAGCAGAAGUAGACUGGAGGGUGAGAGGCUACGUGACACCCGUAAAGAACCAGGGGCACUGUGGAUCAUGCUGGGCAUUCAGUGCCACAGGGGCCCUGGAGGGACUUGUCUUUAAUUGGACGGGGAAGCUGGCAGUGCUGAGUGAGCAGAACCUCAUCGACUGCUCCUGGAAGCUGGGCAACAACGGUUGCCAAGGUGGCUACAUGACCCGUGCCUUCCAGUAUGUGCAUGACAGUGGUGGCAUGAACUCCGAGCACGUCUACCCCUACGAGGCCACAGACACCUCUAGCUGCCGAUACAACCCUGGGGACAGGGCGGCCAACUGCUCCACAGUCUGGCUGGUGGCCCAGGGCAGUGAGGCAGCGCUGGAGCAGGCAGUGGCAACUGUGGGCCCUGUGUCUGUGGCAGUGGAUGCCAGCAGCUUCUUCUUUCACUUCUACAAAUCAGGCAUCUUCAGCAGUAUGUUUUGCAGCCAGAAGGUGAACCAUGGGAUGUUGGCUGUGGGCUAUGGUACCAGCCAGGAGGGCAAGAAGAAUGUGAGCUACUGGAUCUUAAAGAAUAGCUGGUCAGAGGUGUGGGGUGAGCAGGGCUACAUCCGCCUGCUGAAGGGAGCCAAAAACCACUGUGGGGUGGCCAACCAGGCCAGCUUUCCUCUGCUGUGAGAUCCUGGACUGGAAGGAAGAUGGCACUCACUGGGAUUGCUCCCCUGCCUUGCUGUGAGGAUAGGGAUGCUUCCUUCAGGAAGGGGCUUUUGUCUGUGUGAGAAACAAUUAAAAAUGGCAUAGCUAAUCACUCUGUGCCUGCUAAGGGGGGCUAAGGCAUGGCUAAUGUAGCAGGUUCUUUUUUUUCUUUUCUUGGUUGGUGAAAGGAGCUUUCUCUGCCCCUUUCAUAGAACCACAGAAUGGUUUGUGUUGAAAGGGACCUCUAAAGCCCAUCUUGUCCCGCUCUGCAAAGAACAGGGAUGCCUACAGCCCAAUCAGGUGCUUUUCCUUCCAUCUGAAUCUCAAAUGCCAGAGCUCUGAGAUUUUUGGCCACAACUGCAGCUCUCUAACUCAAACAUUAUCCCUCCUAGCCUAGCUCUUUAUAAAGUAACUCCUUAUCAAAGCAAACCUGCAGCACACAUGGAAAAAAAAACCCUUAACUUCCUUCACCUUCUGCUGCUUAUUUCUGUGUCUAUCAAAUACUGUGGGGAUUCGCUCUCUCUGAGAGCAAACACAAGGCCAUAAAAAGGGGAACACAGCCCUGAAAUGGCCAGCCCGCGGGAUGGCUCCAGGGGCGCUGUCCAUGUAGACGCCGUCACUUUGUCCCGUAUCCUAAUGGCUCUUUGUCCCAGUCGUGAAGAGUCCUCGCAGUCCCUGCCCUCACUCCGCUACGUCCCAACCCAGGCUCCC